AAAAUCAUAUUCCAAAGCCACGUCAAAAGAGAAGUCUGCCCACAACAAAUAGCACCAGAACCUACGAAAUAAAAGAAGUGAUAAUAUUUAACUAUAGUUGGACAGAACUGAUUCAAGAAGAAGGAAGGCAGAAAGGAUUUGAAACCGGAAGAAUUAGAAAAGGAAAGA